UGCCUGACGCCGUCACGCCGACAAUCAUCGACAACAAGCUGCAGAUGUCAGAUAGUGUUGUUAUUAAUUUAUUAAUUAAUAAUUGUAUUUUGUUAUGACUAAUGUGAUUUAUUAGUUGUCUUUAACUUUUAAUAUGACUGAAAUGGAAAAUUGUUAUUUAAUUAUUUCUAUUUUUUGCGGUAUAUUCACUGUAAUUAAUUGUACAAAUAUAGUGAAGCCUAGAGGCAUCGCAUUCGAACGAGCUUCACUUUAUGUACCAGACAAAGAUUUUUCGUGUUUUGACGGAAGUUAUAUAAUUCCUUUUUCGUUAGUAAAUGAUGAUUACUGUGAUUGUCCAGAUGCUAGUGAUGAACCGGGUACUUCAGCUUGUCCUAAUGGCACAUUUCAUUGUACCAAUGCUGGUCACACAUCACUUGUCAUACCAUCAUCUCGAGUAAAUGAUGGAAUCUGUGAUACUUCUGAGUUCAAUAUUUUUAAAUUAUUGUUUAUUUGUUUAAUUUUUAUUUUAGAAGCCAAACAAGCACGUAAUGCAUUUGAAGAAGCUGAUAGGAAAUUUAGAGACUUGCAACGUGAAGUAACUCAUUUACAAGAAUCCCUAAAUAAAGAUUUUGGUCCAGAAGAUGAAUUUGCAGCUCUAGAUGGAGAAUGCUAUGAACUUUCUGACCGUGAAUAUGUGUAUAAAUUAUGUCUUUUUGAUCAAAUAACUCAACGAUCCAAAAAUGGUGGAUCUGAAGUAAGAUUAGGCACUUGGAACAGUUGGAUUGGUGAACCGAAAUACCGUACUAUGUUAUAUGAUAGAGGACAACAUUGUUGGAAUGGUCCUCAAAGAUCUACUCACGUACGUUUAACUUGUGGCCUGGAACCAGCACUGCUCUCAGCUACAGAACCAAAUCGUUGUGAAUAUGCCAUGGACUUUGUUGUGCCAGCUGUUUGUGUACAGGACAAUGAGAUGCUUUCAGCACGUGUAACAGAUUCUGAACAUGAUGAAUUAUAAUUAAAAUCAACUUGUUUUAAUUCAUUGAAUUUGUGUCAACUGUUUUUGGGGUAUUUAAUAUAAAAAUGUAUUUGUUCAUUAUUAUUUAAAAUCAAUGUACUUUUAUUUUGUACAAUUUUUUCUUUAAAUAUAAGAUUGUAAAAGUAAUUUAAAAUUUGUUUCUAUUAAAAUAAAAUAAAAUUKUGAUUGAUAGUUUAAGCCCAAGUAGUCAUGAUAUGAACAUCAAACUUGUUAAGUUCUUUACGGUUUUUAAUWUAUGAUGUAUCCU